UUUGGAUUAUCGCGAAAUGUUGAUACGCUUAGUCGAACAGGUGAAAAUUUAUUAAAAAGGUGUAAAUUUAAAAUAUGGUUUCUCCUAAAACGAUAUGUGAUCACGGGGGUGAUAAAUCUCCAAGUCCUGAGCCAUUUAAAGAACCAGAAGGGUUGGUUACCAUAGAACUGCAAAAUUCAAAGAGUUUUGAAGGACUAAAGAAAAAUGUGAAACCACCCGAUAAACGAAAAAAAAUUAUACUGGAAAUUUUGGUGGCAAUUUUUGUUUUCAACAUUACAGUUUUUGCUGUGGUUUAUUAUAUAAAUGAAGAACCGUAUUUCUUCAAAGCAAAACCCUUAGAUAUCAGUGACACCGAAAAUUCAAAUCUUCUAAUUAAAAAACAAAUCAGCAUAACUACCAUCGACAAACUAAUAGACGAAUGUGUAUCAACGAGACCUUUAAAAAUAUGCUGUAUCCUAUUCGGAGACACGAACGUCCAAUUUUUCAAUUACUGCUUCAAUAAUAAUAUCCUAUUACCUGCAUUUGAUAUGGAUCGUAGAAAAAAACGAGAUCUAGCUGAGGAGGUAGCCCAACGGUAUGAACCAAAUUCAUACCACACAGCAUAUUUACCAGAAACGUACAAUUACGAGAAUUAUGACGACCCUGUACAUCAUUAUAAUAAUUACGAUUAUGAACCAGAAUAUUCGUACUAUCAUCAUCAGUACCCAGAAAUCAAUGGUAAUAAAGAUGUAGUUAAUGAAAUACCUAUGAACAGUCCAUUGGUACCUACCAACAUAGUUACCAAUGAUAACAAACUACACACUGCUGCAGGAAAAACAUUUGAAAUCAAAACGAAAGUACCGAAAAAUAUGAAAUUAAUAAAACAAGAAAAUAUAGCUGAAAAUAAUCUACCUAGUACAAAUUUUAAACGUAUCAAAGGAACUUUUUCUGAAACUCAAAAUAAAGAUAAUGGAAAAUUCAAACCAGUAGUUAUCAACCCAUUAUCGAUCUUGAACGGUGAUCAUGCAAAUUUAGAUGAAUCAACAAUGCAUUCUGAUAAUUCUCCCAAAAUAGAUCAAUCAAAAAAUGCAAAAACUCCAAAUGAAUCGAUCAAAAAGACAGAUGGUUCCCAAAAAGUUGUUAAUUUGGAACCAGUUGCACCUAUAAAUGAGCAAAAUAAAGAUACUUCUUUAAAAAUAGAUCAACCAAAAAGCCCUAAUAUGCCAAAUGAUUCGUUCGUAAAGCCAGAUAAUAUCCAAAAAGUAGAUAAUUUGGAACCUGAUGCAACAAAAAAUGAAGGUAACAUUAAAAAUCUGCCAAUUGAAGAUAUUUCCGCAAAAUUCAAUCAACCAGAAGAGCCUAAAAUUCUAAAUGAUUCAUUUAUAAAGCCAAGUGGUUCCCAAAAAGCUGAUUUAGAACCAGAUGAAUCUAAAAAUGAAGAUAGCUUUAAAAAUAAAGAAACUAAGGGCACUUCUUUAAAAAUAGAACCAAAAAGUUCUAAUAUUCCAAAUGAUUCGAUCCUAAAACCAGAGGGUACACAAAAAGCUACUAAUGUUGAACCUCAUACAACCAAAAAUGAAGGCAACAUUAAAAAUCAGCAUAGCUCCUCAGAAGUCAAUCAACCAGAAAAGCCUGAAAUUCCAAAUAAUUCAUUUAUAAAGCCAGAUAGUUCCCAAACAGCAACUCAUUUGGAACCAGACGCAUCUAUAAAUGAAGACAGCUUCAAAAAUAUGCCGAAUAAGGAUAGUUCUUUAAAAAUAGAUCAACCAGAAAGCCCUAAAAUUCCAAAAGAUUUGUUAAUAAAGCCAGACGUUCUCCAAAAAGCUGCUAAUUUUGUACCUGAUACAUCCAAAAAUGAAGACAACAUUAAAAAUCCGCAAAGUGACGAUAGUUCCCCAAUAAUAGGUCAACCAGAAAAGCUUGCAAUUCCAAUCGAUUCAUUUAAAAAACCAGAUGGUUCCCAAAGAGUAGCUAAUUUGGAACCAGAGGUAUCUAAAAUUCCAAAUAAUUCUUUCAUAAAUCCUGAUGCAACCAAGAAUGAAGACAGCAAAAGUCAAGAUCGUAAAGCUAGUGAAGAUAGUAAAGAUAAAGAUAAAGAUAGUGUUACUAGUGGAAAUAGUGAAGAUAGUAAAAAUAGUGAAGAUAGUAAAGAUAGUGAAGAUAGUGAAGAUAGUGAAGAUAGUGAAGAUAGUGAAGAUAGUGAAAAUAGUGAAAAUAGUGAAAAUAGCGAAAAUAGUGAGAAUAGUGAGAAUAGUGAGAAUAGUGAGAACAGUGAAAAUAGUGAAGACAGUGAAAAUAGUCACCCAACAAUAGAUAAACCGAAAAAUCAUGAAAUUCCAAAUGAUUUAUUUGUUAAGCCAGAUACUUCUCAAAUAACAGCUAAUUCAGAAACAGUAGGUUUUUCAAAAAGUAAAACUAACAAUGAAGAAGAUGAUAUUUUAAGUAUCAAUAUUCCCUUAGACAACAAUGAAUACGCAGAAAAUUCUUACUCUAAUGCAGCAAAUGAUAGAAAUCAAAACAAAGUACAAAGCCUACCUGCAAAGGUUGAAAAUAGUAAAAAAUCUCGAGAUCAAAUAAACAGAGAUGACCAUAGAAUACGUCAAAAAAUCGACUUAGCCACGGCAUCAAUAGACAUGCAAUCAAACCAACAGACAAUGUUCAAUCCUUGCUUUAAUCAAAAUCCUUACGCUGGAGGGCAGGACCCCAAUCAAGUGCUCAGAAUAAUACCACAGUCUGCUCCGAGGUUUCAGCAAUUUUUUGUAAAUCCUCCAGUUUAUCCGUAUAUACAGAACCCUUUCACGGGUCAACAACAAUUCGUUAACCAACCAAUGCAGCAGACUCAAAAUGGCCCACUUCAAGUUACCGGUCCUGGUGGGCAGUUCUAUAUUUGUAAUCCUAUUGGUUCUCCAAAUAACAAUGUCAUGUCCAAUAACAAUAUUGCUUCGUUACCAGGAGUCGAAGUUAGACGGGAAUCUGCUAAUUUGCAGGAUUUGGUGGGAAAUAUGAAAGUGGAGAAAUCAAGCGACAAAAGUAGAUCAGCAGAUAUUAAUUGCCCCGUUGGACAAGAAGCAUGUGCAGAUGGAAGCAAAUGUAUCUCGAAAUUCCACAUUUGUGACAACGAUGCACAAUGCGCUGAUGGUAGUGACGAAGAAUUUUGUACUUGCAAAGAGAGAGUAGGAAACCUAAGAGCCUGCGAUGGAUAUUUUGACUGCCCCAAUGGAGAUGACGAAUUAGGAUGUUUUGGAUGCAACACCAACGAGUUCAGCUGUGACGAUUGGUCGAAAUCUAGAAAAAGCACAUGUAUACCUAUAGAACAACGAUGCGAUAGUGUUAUACAUUGCGAAAUUACUGGUAAAGAUGAAGAAGAUUGCUCGGUGCUAGCUGAUAACAUUGGCUCGCAACCUUUUAACAAAAUAUCAAACUCGGUUGGAUUCUUACAUAGGAAUUACAAAGGACAAUGGUACCCGACAUGUUUUGGUAAUGACGAAUGGGCAAUGGACGUGUGCAAGAUUGAAUCUGGUCCUACGGCAGUAUUACCAAAAAACCACAUGAUACUCACAACGGACAAAUAUGAUGGAUACUUCAUUAACAGCCUCCCUGAUAAACAAGCGAGUUUGGUUAAAACGUGCGUACAAGACAGAGCUACCUUCAUUGAAUGCCCCCCGAUGUAUUGUGGUAUGAGAAUAUCCAUUAAAAACCCUUAUAGAAAACACGAAGUCGAUAUUAGCGCAGAAAAUAUCAUCGAAGACUUGGAACGAGUUGCAAGUGUGAACGAAAACGAAGACGAAGUUGUUGGUGAUAGUAGAAUAGUUGGGGGCAAACCGAGUCAGCCAGCUUCGUGGCCUUGGUUGGUGUCGAUUUACAAGAACGGAAACUUUCAUUGUGGUGGAGUCCUGAUUACUGAAUUGUGGGUGGUAACUGCUUCUCACUGUGUCGAUAGAUACUGGCAAUUCUACUACGAAAUUCAAGCAGGAUCGUUAAGAAGAUUUUCCUUCGCACCGAUGGAACAAAACCGAUGGGCUUCUGUGGUCAUUGCGAACUUAAAAUACGAUAGAAUGACUCUCAAACAUGACAUAGCUCUUAUGAAAUUAUCAUCGCCUGUCAGAUUUAACAGAUACGUCAGACCCAUAUGCCUACCGAGCGAAUUUACGGCAGGAAGAAACUUCGCCGCAGGUCCUUCUCCGGGUACGAUUUGCACAACAGUCGGCUGGGGGGCCACAAUGGAACACGGCGCUGAUCCCGACCACGUACGAGAAGUUGAAGUCCCAGUCUUGGAACACUGCAAGCAUAGAGACGAUUUCGGUGAAGACGAAAUAUGCGCUGGUCUUGCAGAGGGCGGGAAAGACGCCUGUCAAGGUGACAGCGGUGGACCGCUCAUGUGCAGGAAUCCAAACAAUCCUAGCCAAUGGUAUUUGGCAGGAGUCGUUAGUCAUGGAGAAGGUUGCGCGAGACCCAACGAACCCGGAGUGUAUGCCAAAGUAGCCAAGUACAUGGGAUGGAUUGUCGAGAAUAUGGCUGAAGACAAAUUCAUUCCGAGAUUUCCACUUCAGCAAUGUCCUGGAUAUACCUGCAAAUUAACGAAGAGAUGUGUAUCGAAAAAACAUCGUUGCGAUACAGUCGUUGAUUGUUUACUGGGCGAUGAUGAGCUCAACUGUAAGUCGCACGAAAACAAUUUGUUGAUGUUCAAUAGAAACAGCGAAGAUGAUAACGAUUUAGACAGUCGAUUACGAGCAACCUUAGUUGGUUCCAAUUCGAGCAGUGUCGAUCAAAUCAAAACCCAUAAAACUGCUGACAAUACUGAUACCAUAGGGCAACCCACUAGUUAUUUUAGGUGUAAAAGCCUCCUGCAGCUGAUCCCAAUAUCCAAAAAAUGCGAUAAAAUAGUGGAUUGUGAAGAUGGAACAGACGAGGAAGGAUGCCAGUGUGCUGACUACGUAAAAAAUCGAAAUGCAAAUGCAAUUUGCGAUGGAAUUGCAGAUUGUUACGAUUUAACAGACGAAAAUUGCUUAAAAUGUAAAGGUGAUGAAUAUCAUUGUCGCCAAAGUCAAACAUGCAUCGAAUUGUCAAAACGUUGCGACGGAAUAUCAGACUGCGACAGAAAUGAAGAUGAAUGGGAUUGCGUUGCCCUUACAAAUGGCGAAACAUUAACUUUUGACAGUGAUUUACGUCCGAAGUUAGCAAUGUCUGGGAUAAUCACUAUCAAUAAAAACGGCAUUUGGAAACCUCUGUGUCAGAAUACCACAGAAAAAGCCGCCACAAUUGUUACUAAUACCUGUUACUUAUUAGGUUUUGAAGAAUACAUGGGAUAUCAAGAACGUCUAAUAAAAGACAAACCAUUUAAUGCAGUAGAAGACAACUCCGAAAAUAAAACUUGCAACGGCUUGUACAUAAAAUGUUCUAAUAUAUCUUUAGACAGCUCAAUUCACAGCGUCCAUCUUGAUAACGAUACGGACGAAGUUGAACUUUACACCUCACCCUGGAAUGCAGCUAUAUAUUCAGACGGUAUAUACAGAUGCAUGGGGGCAAUUCUAAAUUCUCGAUGGAUCGUAACAUCUUUCCACUGUUGCGAUGGAAUAAGUAUGUUGAACAAACAUUACGUCACUGCACUGUUAGGAAAAGGAAAGGCCACGCUUCAUGUAAAGGGGCCCCACGAACAAACAUUGAAAAUUGUGGAGAGCGUAAAAAUUUCUGAUACGGACAUUAUCUUACUAAGAACUGAAACGAAUAUAGCUUUCAGUAGAUACAUACAAGAUGUUAGGUUAAGUGUGAGAAGAGACGGAAGACGUAAAGAAAAAUGUGUGGCAAUUGGUAUGUACAACAACAGAGCCAAAUUUGAAUUUUUGAGUCCCAUUGAAAAUUGCAUACCAGGAUUUAGAUGUUUUGAAACGAACCUUAAGACAAAUUGUAGAGAUUCUAGCCCUUGGAGUGGAAAUAUUUUCUGCGAUUCAGGAAAUGGUUGGUAUGUUGCUGCAGUAUUCUCUGAGAAAAAUGGCUUGUGUGGACUUUCUUCUGUUGUACAAUACACCAGUGUACCAUUCCACAAAAACGAUAUAUUUAAGGCAAUGGAAAAGACCUCAUUGAAUAUUGAUGGGCCGGAAUGUAGCGGAUUUAGAUGUGCAUUAGGCGAAUGCAUAACGAAAAACCAAACCUGCAACGGCAUACAAGAUUGCAGAGGCGGCGAAGAUGAAGACUCGACGUUGUGCUACGAAAACGAACGCAUGUGCCAUCUGACGGGAGAGUGCGCAUGCCACCGUACCGAAUUGAAAUGCAAAAGUAAAACGUGUAUCCCGAAGAGUAAGUUCUGUGACAGAAGGGACGAUUGCGGCGGCGAUUUCAGCGAUGAACCUGACGUAUGUGAUUGCAGGGCCUAUUUGGAACUUACCAGCCCCUAUAAAGUUUGUGAUGGAAUCGUACAUUGCGCUGAUAGAAGUGACGAAGAUCCACAAAGAUGUCCUUGUCUGUCAAACGGAUUUAGAUGCAUUAGUACUGAUCACUGUAUUGCCAACGAUAUGGUUUGUGAUGGAUUCGAAGAUUGCCCUAACGCAGAAGAUGAAAAAGUUUGCUUGAAUAUUGUUGACGAGAAAAAUGAAACAUCCAAUGCAGGUGAAUUGAUACGACGAACAGCAGGAAUUUGGCAUUCUGGUUGUUUCAACAAAACCGUAUCGACGGAAGAACUAAACAAAAUUUGUUUCGAUAUGGGAUUCAAUAGACAUGCUUCCAAUCAACUUCCACCUCCAAAGAAUAGUAAAUUGAUAGCGCAGAGACCGGUAAUGGACCAUUUCGAUAUCGUUUGGAUACGCCGUGAGGCCAACAGCAAAUUCAAACUUGGUCUUAGAACUGCGAACGAGCCAUAUGUCAGAUUUAUACCAGAUGGAAGUUGUCAUAAACUGUUUUUAGCUUGUUUGUAGAUGUUCUCUUAUGUA